CUGUCAGGGUCCAAACAGUCCCUCAAUCGCGCAGCGACUUCCCCAGAGAGGAGAAAGCAUACCUAACUGCCCUCCCAAAUAAAUGACUCCCCCCAUAACCCACCUUUCCACUUACCGCGACAUCGUCGCUCACAAGAACCCCAAAUCUCAUCUCAUGUAGCACGAUUCCCUACCACCCUGGCCCACAAAUAUGGCGCCGAUAAAACGUAAACGCGGCGGCACCGCUCCGCCGCCCGCACCAAGAACCACCCGCAGUGUGACGGCGGCGAAUGCGACUACAACGGGAACGGCGGGGGCGCAAAAUGCGACGGCAACGACGGAGCCUGACAAACCUGCGAAACCAGUGAGGGAGAAGCGUAAGGAGCAGCCUGCAUAUGUGUCAUCGUCAGCCUCGGCCCCGUCACCGAUACCGCUGAAGCCAGAGAGGAGAAGCAGAAAGACGAGAGCUAUGCCGACUGCGACGGCUAGGCGCGCGGUGUCGCUCACACCAUCGCUGAGCUCGUCGACGUCGAAACCUUCAGCUGCGGCUGCGCCGACGCUGGAGAGGAAUGUGGAUAAUGUUGUGCUGGGCGAUAUACUAUUUAGGGCGUGGUAUCCGAGUCGCCAUGUUAAGGAGAUAGUGGGGAGGGAGGUGGUGGAGGAGAAGGAGAUGCUGGAGCGGCUUUAUGUGUGUAAGCAUUGCUUCAAGUAUAGCAAGGAGUUGAUGGGAUGGGUUGGGCAUGGAAAGGCGUGUGAGAGGAGGAGAGGGGGGCCGGCGCCAAUGAUACCAGGGAGGAAGAUAUACAGUCAUGGGAACAGUGGGUGGAGUGUCUGGGAGGUGGAUGGGGAAGUCGAUUCUUUAUAUUGUCAAAAUCUGUGCCUAUUUGCGAAGCUAUUCCUCGAUAACAAGUCCGUCUUCUUCGAUGUUACCGGGUUCACCUACCUGCUGCUCGUGCACGCGAACCCUACGACACACGAAGAGCAAGUCAUCGGGUUCUUUAGCAAGGAGAAGAUGUCGUGGGAUAACAACAAUCUCGCCUGCAUCCUCGUGUUCCCGCCAUGGCAGCACAAAGGUCUCGGCUCCCUACUGAUCGCUGUAUCCUACGAGAUCUCACGACGCGAGAAAAUCAUAGGCGGCCCCGAGAAACCCAUCUCUGACCUGGGAAAGAUGAGUUACAUCAAAUACUGGAGCGGCGAAGUAGCCCGCUACCUCCUGGACGUAGGAGACAUGGAGAAGAAGAAAACCAAGGUAGUGAGCUUGGAUGAUAUUAGUGCGGGUACAUGGAUUUGCGUAGAAGAUUGCCUCACGGCGCUGAAGCAUAUGAACAUCGCUGUUGCGGCUGCGAGGGGGAAGGGAGAUGUGCAGAAAGUCAAGAUCGACAAGCAGCAACUCAGGGAGUGGAUGACGGCUAGUAAAACUGGUCUGGGACCGAUAAUUGAUCCUGAUGGGUUUGUGGCGGGGUACGGGUAUAGGGAAAGCAGUACGGAUGAGGAGAUGGGAGAUUGAAAGAGAGGAUGAUUAUGGAUUCGAUAUGACAGUGAUCACGGCAGUCAUCGUCUUGCCUACGAGUUGGCUCAUCAUAGCCAGACGCCAGACGAUGGAGGAACUCGGUUCGAGACGGGGUGUGGGAGAGCGUCUGAACAAACGAGGCUUCGGGUAUUCCGAGACUGGAAUAUAAGAAGUAUAGACUCCUGCGGUCUUGGGAGAAGGUUUGGUAGUGCCGGUCAGCUCAGACUACUGAACUCUUAUGUGAGGCACAUAAAGCCCACACACAUAGCAUUGGACAACAGCUAUUUGCAAAUAGAGAGAUACCAACCAAUUGAAUAUAUCACAACAUGUUGCACAUGUUAUUCCCCGCGUCAACCCUGUGUCCGCCCCGCCUGCACAUCUCUUUCCCCUUCCCAGCCGCAACAGCGAUAUCCAUAUGCUUCAGUGCCGCCUGCAAGUGCCGUCAGGUAAUCCUGGCCACCUAUCUAUGGGCCCAUAUUAAUCGCAUUAAGAUCUGCCCAUAACGGACCGCCGCGCCGCAAGGGCGGUACAAAGUCCCGUAUGUGAGUAUCCGCUUAUGGCGGCGCAUCCUUAAACGGCAUCAUUUUCGUCGAGCACCCAUCAGGUCAAGGCUUGAAUGGGGUUGCGGCUAAUUCAGUGGCGGUUAAUUCAGUGGCGGUUAAUUCAACGACGGCAGUUCAACUACGGUUAAUUUGGAAUAGUAUUAUAGUAGUUGGAACCCCGGUGGGGUUUAAAUCAUGGAACUAAUGCCAG